AGUUUUUUAGCGGGAACCAUAACCAUAAUUUUUUUUCUGCGCUUUUGAAAAUUUUCGUGUUUAUUUGAAGAAUUAUCAUGGGAAUUUUGGGAUUCUCGAAACUUUUAGCCGAUGUGGCCCCACACGCAAUCAAAGAAAUGGAAUUAAAACAUUACUUUGGUCGUAAAGUAGCUAUUGAUGCCUCUAUGUGCUUGUACCAGUUCCUGAUCGCCGUGAGAAACGACUCGGGCCAACUUGCCACAGCCGAUGGUGAAACCACAUCUCACCUUUUGGGCACAUUCUACCGUACCAUCAGGUUGCUAGAGAACGGCAUCAAACCUGUGUACGUUUUCGAUGGUAAGCCGCCGGAUCUAAAAGCCGGCGAGCUCACCAAACGUGCCGCCAAAAGGGAGGAAGCCCAAAAGGCUUUGGAUAAAGCCACUGAAGCUGGCGAUGCCUCCGAUAUGGAUAAGUUCAGCAGAAGGUUGGUUAAGGUUACUAAGCAUCAUGCUGAGGAGUGCAAGCAGUUGUUAACUUUAAUGGGGGUCCCAUACAUUGAUGCCCCAUGUGAGGCUGAAGCUCAGUGUGCUGCAAUGGUAAAAGCAGGAAAAGUUUUUGCAACUGCAACUGAAGAUAUGGAUGCUCUAACCUUUGGUUCAAAUGUCCUUCUAAGACAUUUAACUUUCAGUGAAGCGAGAAAAAUGCCAAUUCAAGAAAUCCAUUUGGAUAAAGUUUUGGAAGGAUUCAAUUUUACUCAGAAAGAAUUUAUCGAUUUGUGUAUUUUGUUGGGAUGUGAUUACACUGACAGUAUUAGAGGAAUCGGCCCCAAAAGAGCGUUCGAGUUAAUGAAAAAACAUAAAAGUAUCGACGAUAUACUCAAAAAUAUUGAUAAGGAGAAGUAUGUACCGCCUGCAGAUUGGAACAUUGACGUUGUCAGAAACCUUUUUAUUGAACCAGUAAUCGCAGAUCCAGAAACCAUUGAUUUAAAAUGGGGCGAACCAGAUGAAGAAGGCAUGGUUAAGUACUUGUGUGGCGAGAAACAAUUCAACGAAGAAAGAGUAAGAAACGGCGUCAAAAAAUUAAUGAAAGCUAGAAGUGGAACCACCCAAGGAAGACUUGAUGGGUUCUUCAAGGUUCUAUCCUCGACCCCUGCUAAAAGGAAGCCUGAAGAUUCCAAGAAAAAUACUCCAAAUAAAAGGGGGAAAGUGGGAGCUGGAAAGGGAAGAGGAAGACCAAAGUAAUGUUAGUUUUUUUAUGUUUAUUUUUAAGUUUUACUUUACAUUUGUUUUAUCACAUUAUUAUUAACAUAGGUACCAAAUUAUGGAAAGAAUUUUUAUGAAAUUAUUUUUUAAGUGAAGCAUUGACUAUAAAGAGUAAAUAUUGUUCAAUACUCCUGUAAUUCUACCAUACACAUAUAUUUAUUUUUUUUAUAUAAUAAAAUACAUACACU